GCAACAUAAAUUAAGCAGUGGUUAUUUAAUAACCUUAUAGUUUCCCUGCAAAUGCUGUUUAUCCUCUGUCAUUCCUCCUCUUAUGGCUCAAUCCUUAAAUCACAACACUAAUCCUCAUGACUGUAUUUUUAACUCUCCCGGGACAGAAAAAACAGCAAUGGGAUUACGGCAUCAGUGAGGUGGGGCAAAAUCCUCAGCUUCUGAUCUUCCGUUCAGCCGAAACGAAUACAGUCGCUUUAUCUUUUAGUCAUUUUAGCUAUAUUGCUGAAAAACUCUAAAAUACUACAAGCCGUAAAUUAUGUUUUCUUGGUCAGUUUUAAAAUUUCCUUGAACCUGGAUGUCGGAUGUUUACACUUGGAAUGUAGAAUCUGCCAUUUUUCUGUACUUUUUCUGCAGAGCAAAUCUUGGAGAUACUGUUUUCUACUCCUUUUGCAAGCGCUUUCUUUUAAAAGCCACUGUAAUAAUGGAGCAACCAAUGCGACAUCUCAAAAAACUGAGAAAGAGACGAUCAAGUCUUUUUGCAAGUGUCAAACUUAAUUCCAGCUUGUCACAGGGUAUAGAAGAGGAAGAGAGUGCCUUUCCUUUUUCACAAGACAGCACUGUGAAACCUUGGACGUCGAUGGACGACCUCGAUACUCCAUCACCUCAAACACAGAACAAAAGAGACCAAAACAAGAAGAAAAGCAAUGAAAAAGAAGCAACAAAAUGCCCACACCGGCAUUCAACUGUGAUCAAUGUUAAUGUAGGAGGCAAACUCUUUACCAUUCCCAAGCACCUGGCUAUCAAAUACCCCAGAACCAGAAUAGGCACCCUAGCCCUAUGCAAAGAUCCCUUCAGCCGGCUAAAGCUCUGCGACGACUACUGUGUGAUAACAAAUGAGUUCUUUUUUGACCGAGAUCCUACUUUCUUCCAUUACAUCUUCCACUUCUAUCGUAGCAAUGUAUUGUGGGUAAUGGAGAGUCUGUGUCCCAUUAAUUUUGAGGAGGAGAUGGAGUUCUGGGGCCUACGCUUGAGGGACACCCCUCGCUGCUGCCGCAUUCUCUAUGAGGAGAAAGUAGAUGAGAUUAAAGACCAGCUAAAAGUAAACAGGGAGCUUAUGGCUGAAAUUGAACCUCUGCACAGUGAGGAAGGUUUCAAGACAAUGUUUUUGGGUGGCAUUCGUAAGUCAUUAUGGGACCUGAUGGAGAAUCCGUACUCUUCGAUGGCUGCCAAAGCAUUUGCUGUGUUCUCCAGCCUCUUCGUCCUCAUCUCCAUUGUAGCGAUGACACUAAAUACCGUGAGUGAAUUGAAAGAUUAUAAGAUCUAUGGAAGAACCUAUAUGGAGUGUGUUGAGAUCACCUCGAUUCUCUUUUUUACCUUUGAGUAUUUCCUCCGCCUGUUGACAACUUGUAAUGUCAAGCAUUUCCUGAGGAGUGCACUUAAUUUUGUAGACUUAGUGGCUGUCAUGCCUUACUUUAUUCAGCUGAUAUUUGAGACUUUUGCUGAUCAGGAAGAUGUCAACGUCCAAGAUGACUUGAAGGCGAUGGCGAGAGUUAGUAAAGUUAGCAAAGUGCUAAAAGUGGUCAAACUCAUGCGAAUCUUUCGCAUUCUGAAACUGGCAAGGCAUUCGACAGGUAUGCGGGCGUUCGGAUUCACUCUCCGACAGUGCUUCGAACAGGUCUGCUGCCUGUUUCUGUUCAUUAUCAUGGGCAUCUUCACCUUCUCAGCCCUAAUGCAUUCAGUUGAGCAGGAUGUUGCGGGUACCCCUUUCAGCAGCAUACCAGAUGCUUGGUGGUGGGCAGCGGUGAGCAUCUCCACCGUGGGCUAUGGGGAUGUGGUACCUAUCUCCUACUCUGGUCGAGUUGUGGCCUUUGGCUGCAUAUCUUUUGGCAUAAUACUAAAUGGAAUGCCAAUCUCCAUUCUCUUCAACAAAUUCUCUGACUAUUAUGCCAAGCUAAAAGCCCAGGAAUACACCAACACUAAAGUGCAACGUGGCCUGAACCUCAAGAAGAGAUUGCAGAACAAAUGCAAAAACUGCUUUGAGCCUGCCGGAGAGGAUUCUGAUGAGGACAAUCGACAUCAGAUCAACCAGUGUCAACAUUAAACGUCCUUGUUAUCCAGACCGCCUUCUCUGCCCUUGAACAGAAAGCUCAGGCUCCCUGCCUGCCUUGAAUUAAGUAGGGAUUUAAGGGAUGGAGGAACGCCAGGUUAAAGGAAGUUAAGUGAUUAAGAUGGCUAACAAAUUACAUGUUCUAAAGGAUCUUUAGCAAACCACCUUGCUGGUUAUAAAAGCAUUGUUGGAAAUAGAUUAGUGAAUGGAUUUGAAAACGUGUCAUUAGAGCAAAGACUGCCAUUCUUUUACUAUAAUACCUAGUAGAGUUACAAAGAGUUUGAUUCACUAUUUGCCUCCCCCAACACACUGUACAGUACUACAGCUCUUCAUUGACGCAAAACAGAUUCUGAGGAUAAAGUGGGACUUAUGUGGCCUUCAGACACCUUUGGUGUAUGUGAGUGUAUCUAUCACAUAGGUUCUAUUCCAUAUUGCAACUGGAUGGCACUUUAUUAAUUUUACUUUAUUGAAAUUUUAAAGACUAUUUUUUUAAGUUAGCUGUAUAAAGAUACAAAUACAAGAUCUGAUGUUCUUUAUUGUGAUUUCUAAAACAAUGUUUCUGUGACAAGCAAGGCUCCGUCUCUUGUCUGUCACUCUUUAAAGUUAAAUUAUAUAUCCUUUCAAUAAUGUAUUAUAUUUUGCAUUACCAUGGGAAACCUCUAAUCUAUUAUAUUUCUACUUAUGUGAAACAUUUUUAGUUGAUUCUAUUUCUUCUGUAUUACGUGACAGCAUAUUUCUGAAACCUUCAUACAG